AUGCAUCCGGAUUUGUUUCCGGAACAAGAAUUCGAUGAAUCGGCCCCGAUUUGUGCUCCCCGAGAACCCUGUGGCUUUUACUCGUUUUCCGGUGCUGCUAGGACUGGCUCGCCGAUGACUUGGGUUCGAUCGUGGUGCAAAUGUGGAUCCGAUCACGACUGUGUCUACAGUACGACCGAUAUUCGAAGCCGAAUGUUCCGCCAUGUUUGCAUUCGAAAAUCUCCGCUCGACUUUCAAGAGUUCAGCGGUUUUGAA